AUGGACUUUAGGGUGGAGUUUUAUGCUUGUACAAAGGAGUUCUGGAUGGCCGGUGCACAAAUCCAGGAUUUGUGCAUGGCGAUCCUCCAAAGCCUGUGCAUGCGCUUAACAACUUAUAAUCGUUACCCCGGCUUUAUGGAUUUUAACGCCAGCGCUAUACAUUAA